UAUGGUCGAAAGAGAACCGACACAGUCGUCUCUUGGAAACUCCUCCGGCCUGUACGCCGAGUCUUCUGAUCAUCAUCGCAUCAUCUCCUAUACUAAUCUAUUAUUUUAUUGUAUUAUCAUAUUUUCGAACAAUUGUGUCAACUGAUAGAAAAAAACAUCUUUAGUCGCGUGUUGUUAUUCGUUCGUCAAAGGAUCGAAGGAAGGAUCAUUUCAUCUUUUAUUUCUCAUUCAUUAUACUUACUCGAGAUGGUGAAUUUAAAAGAAGCCAUUGGGGUGAACGAGCUCACGGAUAAAAAGUCUGGCCUUUACCGGGCUUUAUUAGCUGAAUUUCUUGGUACCAUGCUGUUAAAUUUCUUCGGUUGUGGAUCGGUCGUGACAAGUAAUGUUGUUGCAAUAAGUCUUGCAUUUGGUUUGACCGUAACAGCUGCGAUACAAGCAAUAGGCCACGUUUCCGGUGGUCACAUCAAUCCUGCGGUUACCUUUGGUUUAAUGGUUAUUGGAAAGGUAGCAAUUAUUCGAGGAAUUCUUUACGUGGUUGCUCAAAGUGCUGGAGCUAUCGCUGGUUCGGCUAUACUAAGGGCACUUUCUGCCGAAAGCAUGGAAGCCAGUCUCGGUACUGUAUCUCUCGCCGAAGGGGUAACACCGGUUCAAGGUCUUGGAAUAGAAUUUUUCCUUGCAAUGAUACUGGUUUUGGUUGUCUGUGGUGCAUGCGACGAUGCAAAAUCUGACAGUAAAGGUAUAGCACCUCUACUGAUUGGACUUUCCGUUACCGUUGGACACAUCGUUGGUGUUCCACGAACGGGUGCUGGAAUGAAUCCAGCACGAUCGUUAGGAAGUUCGGUCGUUAUGGGUGCAUUUGACGAUCAUUGGUUAUAUUGGGUGGGACCUAUUCUCGGUGGACUUGCCGGAGGUUUGAUUUAUACUCAUGCUGUUGGUCCAGCAAAGAAAGAAGAAAUAUCUACCAGGCAAUACGCAACUGUAGCUUUGGAAGAGAAAGAGCUCCAGAAUUUUACCAGCAGGAAGAACGUCCACCCCGCUUGACUACUCAUCGAACAUCACUAAUUUCAACCCUCAUGCCAAGUUACUAAACUCCUUCCUCUUUUUACGUAGCCUUUAAAUUUCUCUUCGAUAUGAAAAUAAACGAAGAUGGUUAACUGCAUGAAAUAAUAAUCAAAUAAUAUAACUUUUAGAAAUAACAUGAAAUAUUUUUUAAUACUCCGUUAAUUGGGCUUAGUUAUGCAGACAUUUAGCGGAUCCUCAAUAUGAUUAACAAUUAAAUAAACAGAGUUGCUAUUUUAUAUUUAAAUAAAUAACACAAAUUAUUGUACUUUGUAAAAUUGUACUUUUAUGAUCUACAAAAUUUGAUUUAAAAUUAUUCGAUUUUGACAUUAUUCUGCGUAACUUGACCCAAUUGAGAAUACACUAAUAAUUUAUUAAAACAAAUAAAAAAACACUUUUGAGUAAGCCAAAGACGAUAAACUCUAUUAUAAAAAGCUGACACACUUGUGACAACUUUUUGCUUCAAUUAUAAUAGUUUCAUACUUACAUAAAGAAUCUCAAACGUUGUCCGGUUAUUUUUUCUGCUUACUGAAUGUUAUCUGCAUGCUAUCGCAGCAUCGACGAUAAUUAAGAAAAAUAAAAAAAAUUCAUCAAAUCAUCCAACAUAAUUAUAUUAUUUCCUGCUUUAGUCUUACAUUAUCAACAUUAAAAUAAGGUUUCGUAUUUAAUCAUUUGUAUAAAAACGUUGACCAAAAAUGAAAAAAAUUCAUUUUCAGUAAUUAUACCUUUUUCUCUCGUAUUAUUCGCAAUACUAAAUUAACGAUUAAUUUGCAAUU